AUGAUGACAACAAAUGCAUCUUUCACAGGAUGGGGUUGCUGUUUUGAUACAGUCACUACUGGAGGGAAUUGGACUCCAGAAGAAGUUGCACAUGAUAUUAACUAUCUAGAAAUGCUUGCUGCCUUUCUUGCACUGAAAUCAUUUGAAGGUACAAUUUCUGGCAAGCAUAUUAAACUUAUGGUAAAUAACACCACUGCCAUGACAAUGAUAAACCAAAUCGGCACAUGCCACUCUGGGGAAAACAAUCAACUUGCAAGACAAAUUUGGGAGUGGGGCAUAUCUCAUAAUGUUUGGCCCAUGGUAGUACACAUUCCAGGCAAAGAAAAUACUGAGGCAGGUAAAGAGUCACGCCUGUCUGGAAGGGAAACUGUGUGGACAUUACAACCAUCUCUCUUCAAAGCUGCCUCUGACAAAUUAGGUGUUAUCCGAGGCAUUGAUCUUUUCGCCUCAAGGCUUUAUAAUUAUCAUCUGAAACCCUAUGUUGCCUACAAGCCAGACCUGGACGCACAUGCAAUAAAUGCAUUUCAUGUGUUGUGUUGUUGA